GAGAGGAAAAAGUAAAAAAAAAAAUGAUAAGAGGUGGAAGAAGCCUGGUUUCUUCACCACCGGCAUUCUCAAAUGAUGGGAAGAAGCUCCUUGUCUGCACAGCUAGCACUGUGUCUGUUUUCAGCACCUUCACUGGUUUACAGAUAGGUGAGUUGGAAGGUCAUACAGCACUGGUAACAUCAGUUAUUGUAGUGCCAGCAACAACACCAGCAAGUAAAAUACUGUGCUAUUGUUGGACAGCAUCACUUGAUGGCACAAUUAGAUAUUGGGACUUUUCAGUAGCUGAAUUGAUGAAGACUAUUAAUAUUAAGACCCCAAUUCAUUCCAUGGUGAUUCCAGGACUAGUAUGUCAACCACUGGAGAGCAGUGAAAAAUCUAUGGAUGUUUUUGCUUAUAUUUCUUCUCAGGACAUCAAACAAAUAGAUGGACAAACUUUAAGUUGGCAGAUACAGAAGUGUAACUUAACAAAGUCCCGCCUGGCUGGUGGAGUGAUAUUAACAAAGAGUAAAAAACCUCAAUUAAUCACCCUCAGCCCCAGCGGGAAGUAUAUUGGGUUCUGUGAAAAGCACAAAAUUCGUAUAUGGGAAGUUCCAACAAAAGAUUCUGAUCAUGCAAUCCAUAAAACAAUCAGAUUGCAUCAUACCAAAAAAUUAAACAUUCUAGCUUUCCAUCCAACUGAGAGAAUUGUAGCAGCGGGGGAUGUUACAGGAAGGAUCUUAAUAUGGAGGCAUUUUGGAGAAAGAACGUUUUCUAUUCCUCAUAAGUUGGAAAAUAGAGAAGUUAUCAAGGAUGCAGAGGAGAGGCCUGGAGUGAGAGGCGAUGAUGAUGCUGAUAUGUGCACCACAUGGCAUUGGCAUUCUGCAGAAGUGACGGUCUUAUUUUUUUCUUCUGAUGGUGCCUAUCUCUUCUCAGGUGGAAGAGAAGGAGUUCUUGUGCGUUGGCAGCUAGAUACAGGAAAGAGAAACACUCAGUCACGAAUUGGGAGUCCGCUUUCAUAUUUUACAAAUUCGCCAGACCAUUCACUGUCUUCAGUUUCUUGUGCAGAUAACAGAAUUCAACUGCUUGAAAUGCCAUCCAUGAAAAUGCUAAGGUCCAUAUCAGGGAUCAAGCUGCACAGUUCAGUCCCAGAGAGAUAUAAUGGGCAAUGUAGUGAUGCUGUAUUUGAUUCUACUGCUGGGCUAGUUGCCAUAUGCACAGAAAAUUACUGUGUCCAACUCUUUAGCAUGUUGGAUGACCGAGAAAUUUCAUUGGUUCAAGUCUGUGAAAGAAAUCAUCAGCCGGUUGAUGAAGUCACGGUCAUAGUGAAUAUGGUGGCUCUCUCUCCAGAUGGUUGUACCAUGAGUACUGUAGAGACUAGGCUUCCUGAAGAAGGAAUUGGAGGCCUUGUAUGUCUAAAGUUCUGGACAAGUGGCUCUCAAAAUAAAGACUUCAGCUUAUCUACUGUUAUAUAUGAACCACACAGGGAUGCUGGAAUCUCUGCAAUCACUUUUCAUCCUACUCGUAACAUGGCUGUCAGCUCUUCAUAUGCUGCUGAAUUUAAAAUCUGGGCUUGCAAUAGUGAUGUUCAACAUGGGGAUCAGAUGAAUAAUUCUGGAUGGACAUGCCAUGCUGUUGGCUCAUACAAAAAGAAGCCGAUGACAGCUGCUGCAUUUUCUGCUGAUGGUUCUGUUCUGGCUGUUGCUGCAGAAAGAGUUAUUACUUUGUGGGAUCCAGACAGGAAUGUGCUGGUUGCUACAAUUGGAGAGACUUUUGAGCCAAUUUCAUCCCUUUCAUUUAUUGGGAAGUCAGAAUAUCUAGUAUCCUCAUCUCAAGGCUCUAAUCCUCAAGUGUCUGUUUGGAGUAUGUCAAAGCUGUCUAUAUCUUGGUCUUGCAAGAUUCAUGCAGAAGCUGUAUCGUGUGCUAUAGAUGGUUCGUCUUUUGCUAUUCUUGCACUUCUUCCUGAUUCAGCUAGGUCCAAGGCAUCUAAUGAAGCUUCAUUGAAUAGUGUGGAUGGGGUAAUUUUAUUGUAUAAUGUAGAAACUCCUGUUCCUUUGGCUACCUGGCUUGUGAAGAAGGCUCAAGGUGGAGGGAUUGGUUUCAUUCUUCGAAGUGAUAAAUCAGAAGAGGAUCUUACAGAUGGAAAACAAUUGCAGAUGCUAUGCUAUAUAAAUAGUGAUCAUGAGUAUGUUCUCUUUGACCCAUAUAGUCAGCAACUUCAUGAUCAGACAAUUAUACAGAGACAUAAAUUUCUUCAAUCUGAUGAGACAGGGAGGUCUGGGUAUGCAUCUAUGUAUGGGGAACUACCAGAGUUUCACCAAAACCGAAAUCAAACUUCAUCUGUCGUCACAUCUGUACCGUCAGAAAAGCCAUGGGAAACCCUAUGCAGCGGCCCGUCUUAUGCUCUUCCUCUUUCUGAAUUGUGUUCAAAAUUUCUUGAAACAUUUCUGGAGAAGAGGAUGAUACCUGUGGAGUGAAUCUCUUCUGCAAUUACUUUAUCACAACAAUGGUGCAAAGGAGGAGCAGCAACAUGUAUUUGAGGUAUGUGAAGCAGUUUUGCUGCUGAAGAUGUGAGCAUGGGUCGGCAAAACCUAGCAUUGUAUUUGCUUUAAUCUUCCGACUUUAUGGAAGCAAAUUUUGUAAUCCCUAAGAACCAGCAAAAUCGUUUCACCUUUACAAAAUGGGAAAUUUUGUCAAUCUACAAACUGAUUUUUAACUUUCACACUAUUAUUAGAUUUGAUUUCAAUUA